CAGUUUACAAUCGGAUUGUGUGCUGGUAAGAUUCCUAUCUCGUGACAAUUUUCAAAUACGAUAUAAUGACAGAGUCGCCAAUUUUACAUCGGAUGAUUCUUCCAAUUUAAAUGAAGAAUCAACGACAAUGUCUACUUUAUGCGAGACACCACAACCGUCCGCUUCGAAUACUCAUUUUGAUUCCUUGGAACAAGAUAUCAAGAAAGAUAACAGAAACGACGAAGAAUUGCAGAAUAAGAUAAUAUCAAAUCUGAUUGCCCACAUCAAUACAUUGACGAAACAUAUUAAUUUGUUGCUUCAAAUACUGGAACGUGAGUAUCGGCAGUGUAGACAGAAUGAACAAGCCAAUUCUAAAUUAUUUAAAGCCUCAUCAAAGUGCAAAAGACAAUCUCCCGAUAUUAUGUUAGAACUGUUUAAACAGUUGAAAAUUGCUUUAGAAUUAAAUGAAAAAUCACACGAGCAGUUAAUAUCGACUUUCAUUAUCAAAAUUAAUUCAUUGAAGAAUAAUAUCGCGUUGCUCCAAAUGGAACGUGAAAUUCAGCAGAAAGAAAAAAUCUGUAACGAGUUAUUUGAAGAGUUAUCAAAGUACAAAAGGUCCGAUAAAAAAUCGUUAUUUUUGGACACAUCGAGUCAGUCAAUUUGAAGUCAACGUCACAAGCUUCUUCGAGUUCUCAGCAUUUGGAAUACUCCCAGCAGAUUAUACCGGGACAUAAUGACAAGUCAGAUUAUGAAAGGCAAGCUAGUAAUUCCAAUAUUAUAGCAGAAUCUUCAGCAAUCGAUGAUUUUUCCAAUGAGCAACCAUUCCUUCGGCGACAAUGUUAUCUAUGAUUUGGACGCCAAUGAAACAAUAUAUUUUUCCAAGUUUUGAACAUAUAGAAUCUUUGCAGCAUUUUCACUCUUCGAUAACUUAUCACAUGUUAAAAAUGAAGUAUUAUUAUUUGUACUGGUACCUAUUUGUAUUUAUAUUGUUUUUGUCUUGGAAAUUUUGAUAUCAAUUUCAGAAUGCUCAGCGCAAUAACAUAACGAUUCUUCCGCCUUCCGUUGAUUUAAAGAUACAAAUUCUCGAUCAUUAUCAGUUUUAGACGUUUCGACGGAUUAUCUUCAGCGAGAAUCACCUCUUUUAAAAAUCGUGGUUCUCAUUCGUGAUACUAAUAUCGAAAAAUCAUACACAGUGGACAUUAUAAAGAAAAAGCUUCGUAGAAGAGAUAACGAUUUCUCAUCACUGUAUCCGAACUUUGUUGUCUUAGAGAAUUUGAGAGCAGAGAAUUCGAUAGUUGUAAUAGACUAUGUGAAAACUUUUCAAAAACUAUACAGAGAUCGGCAGAUUACUUUAUUGGCAGUUUUUAAAGUUGAGCUGAGUGAUGACGCUUCCAUUCGUAGUACAGAACUAAAACGAAUUAUGCAUACAGUAAAUAAUACUUUCAUUAAAGAAAAUAUUAAUAUUAAAAUUAUUCCCUACCAACCUUUAAGAGAAAAUGUUUUAGAAAAAAAUAUUAUAGAAAAGAGGAAAAGUAUAGGGCAAUCGUACACUCAGAAUGAGAUCAAUAUUAUGAAACGAAAUUUGAUAGAAGAUGAUAUCGUAUAUAAAAGAGAUGAUUUGUAGACUCUAAAAAGAGUAAUGCAUAAUUGUUUUUGAGGAGAUAAUAUUGUUUAAGUUAUUUUUUAUUGUGUUAUUUUAUUAUUAUUUUAUUGUAUUA